AUGGAGCUCCAUGCUGAAACCUACUUUGAUUGCAGCAACAUGGAAACGGAAUCUUCUAUAAGCAGUCAGCAGUGCCAGAACCAGAGUGGCCCCUGCAGUCUGGUGAACCCAAAGACUAUUUCCAAUUCACACAAGCAACAAACUCUACCUUCCAUUGGGCCUUUCUCCCACUGGAAACUUCAAGCUUCCUUUAAAACAGACCUCAGUAAAAAAGGCAGUGUGGACAAAGACAUUGAGGAGAUUGUGCAGCAUAUUAACCUCCAAGACUGUUACUUCACCACCAGCUCCUGCUCUGGAAGGAUUAUCAUUAUUGAUGAGAAUCCUGAUCUCGCCGUAGUGCAGAAAGAGAACUGUUUGUGGCUUUUUGUCACCCAUGACCUCUGUAGCACAGAUGAUGUAGUGACGGCUGUCCAGAAAUCUUCGGGAGAUGCAGUGCUGAAAUUCGAGCCCUUCGUCAUGCAUGUCCAGUGUCGCACAUUAGAGGAUGCACAACUUCUGCAUAGUGUCGCCAUAAACUCUGCAUUCCGAAAUUCUGGCAUCACUGUAGGAAAGAAGGGUAAAAUCAUAAUGGCAGUACGGAGUACUCAUUGUAUGGAGGUGCCAUUGAGCCACAAGGGGAAGUGUUUAGUGAGCAACGAAUAUAUUGAAUACUUGGUGCAAACGGCAAACCGAAAAAAAUGGAAGAGAACAAGACAAGAAUCACCCGAUUCUUUAGCUGCCUUCAGACUGCUUUACAGAAAAGGGAUGGCAAGAGUGAGGGAGUCCACAAGGAAAGGACAGACAGCUCAGUGUACACUCGUCGGAGGAGAAGACCGGAGGUAACCGAAAUAACAGAUGGCUGUCCUUGUGAAUCCCCGGAUGACCCAGAGACUUGUAUCUCCUUCCUACAUGAUACAGACUAA